GUUUCUUCUCAUGAUCCUGGAAUUUCCCCUCUUCACUCUUUGACCCUUCCCUCCCUUGUUCACAAACACUCACUCACUAUAAAAUGCUUCCCAAUCCCUUCUUCAUUCCUCACUAAAACGUAACCACAGUGUUCAGUGUCUGUGUGUUUUUGAAAAUCCAAUUUGCAUCAUCAUUAUAUCAUAUAUCAUAAUUCAUAACAUAACGAUGGGUCUCAAAGGAUUUUUGGAAGGUGGUGUUGCCUCCAUAAUUGCGGGGUCCACCACACACCCACUCGACCUCAUCAAAGUUCGCAUGCAGCUACAGGGAGAGAAUCUCUCACUCUCUGUAAACCCCAACCCAAUGCAAAAUCUACGCCCAGCUUUUGCCUUUCACUCACACUCUCCAAUUCUUCCUCCUCCUCCUCCUCCCAUCUCAUCAUCGACCAUUCCUGGACCCAUCUCCGUCGGAAUGCGUAUUGUCCAGUCUGAGGGCAUCGCCGCUCUAUUCUCCGGCGUAUCCGCCACCGUGCUCCGCCAGACGCUCUAUUCAACAACCCGCAUGGGUCUAUACGACGUCAUCAAGCAAAAGUGGACCGAUCCCGAACUCGGAACCAUGCCUCUCUCCCGAAAGAUAGCUGCCGGUCUUGUCGCCGGAGGGAUCGGCGCAGCCGUCGGGAACCCCGCCGACGUGGCCAUGGUCCGAAUGCAAGCCGACGGUCGUCUCCCGGCGGGUGAGCGGCGCAAUUACAAGAGCGUGUUCAACGCAAUACGGAGCAUGUCGAAUCAGGAGGGAAUUGUUAGCCUGUGGCGCGGGUCAGGGCUUACGGUGAACCGCGCCAUGAUCGUAACGGCUUCUCAGUUGGCUUCGUACGACCAGUUCAAGGAGACCAUUCUUGAGAAAGGGUGGAUUAAGGAUGGGCUUGGGACCCACGUAGCGGCGAGCUUCGCGGCGGGGUUUGUGGCGUCGGUGGCUUCGAACCCCGUGGAUGUGAUAAAAACUAGGGUUAUGAACAUGAAGGUGGUGGCAGGGGAAACGCCACCCUAUAAUGGGGCUUUGGAUUGCGCAAUCAAGACCGUUAGGGCUGAAGGGCCCAUGGCCCUUUACAAGGGAUUCAUCCCUACAAUGUCAAGGCAGGGGCCUUUUACUGUUGUCCUCUUUGUCACCCUUGAACAAGUCAGGAAGCUGUUCAAGGAAUUUUGAUCCACAUUCA